AUGACACAAGAGUCCUUGCACGGUCAUCAUCAGGCUGUCAUUAUUUCUGAGAAAGGCGCUCAACACUCAAGAGUUUCUCGCAAGACACCUCAACCUGGGCCGGGCCAGUUGCUUGUCGAGAUCAAAGCUAUAGCCCUGAACCCAGUUGACCAUUUCCAACGAGACAGUGGAUUGCUCAUUACCAACUACCCUACAGUACUAGGGUCAGACGUCGCUGGUAUUGUGAUCGAGUGUGGCCCAGAAGUUCCUGCAGACACCCCACAGCCCGGUACAAGAGUAGCCGCCUACGCCACAGCAUUCUUCCAUCAGAGUGAUGCAGACUUUGGGGCUUUUCAGAAGUUCGUGCUCGUUAAUGCAGAGAGGGUUACCCCAUUGCCAGAUUCGACCAGCUUUUCCGAGGGGUCGAUCUUACCCAUGUCGGUGGCAGUCGCCCUAGUGGGUUGGUAUGUCUUAGGAAUUCCGCGCGACACCAGCUACAAGCCGGAGGAUAAACAGGGAAUACUGGUCUGGGGUGCAUCAACCAGCGUCGGUAGUGCGGCUGUACAGAGUGCAAAACUACUAGGUUUCCGGGUUUAUGCUACUUCGAGCCCUGGUAACCACGAUUACCUCAAGACACUGGGCGCAGAUCAGACAUUCGACUAUAAAUCAGACAACAUUGUUUCCCAGGUCGUUGAAGCCGCAAGAAAAGACGGGGUUUCUCUGAAUUACUGCUUCCUGGGGCAAGGGAGCCUUGAGCCUAUUGCGAACAUCCUCGGACAAUUGAAAAGUGACCGCACCCCGAAGAUUGCGUCGGCACCAAUCGUACCCCCGGAGGCUAAGGACCUUGAAGGUGUUGAAGUGAUAUUUAUCUUGCCGCCAAUGAAUGACCCAAAAGAGCUUUAUAAUAUUUACCACUGGGUGUUCAUGGAAUGGUUGAAGGAGAAGCUUGCUACUGGAGAGUAUGUUCCCAGCCCCCGAGUGAAGGUGGCCGGGAAAGGACUGGAGGAUAUUGACAAGGCGCUCGAUGAGCUCAAACAGGGUGUCAGUGGGACUAAGUUGGUUGUCGAGCUUUAA